UGGGAGUUGUAUUUUUCAAAAUAUUUUGCGACCCAGAUAUUUGUGGUCUGACGGAACACUUUCUGGGACAAAACUUCUAGCGUUAGAAAGUGAGAGAGUCAGGAAGAUACUGAUCAGAGGAACAAAUAACUAUUAAAAUAUAUACAUUCAUUGUCCUAAUCUUGACAGUUGCUAAAUGCAUAUUUUUCUAAAUUAUUCCAUGAUUUCUAACAUAGUAAGUAAGGAUCCAGGAUCAGGGCAGGCAGGGGACCUGGACGUGCAGCCAAGCCCACCAAGGAUGCACUGAGCUGGGGAACAUCUGUUGAGGCCGCCCCCUAGCACUGCCAUGGCAGCUGACCCUUCACCUCCAAACACCGCCCCUCUGGGCUCCCAGGUACACGCAGCCGCCGUCAACGGAGACCGGAGUGUACUCCUCAGACUCAUCACAGUGGAUCCCUCCCUGCGUGACCGUGAGGACCAGUUUGGGCGUACUCCACUGAUGUACUGUGUACUGGCUGACCGUUUGGACUGUGCUGAGACACUGCUGAAGGCGGGAGCCUCUGUUAACAAGACUGACCAUAGCCAACGUACUGCCCUGCACCUGGCAGCACAGAAGGGGAACGUGCGGUUUCUGAAGCUGCUCCUGUCGCGUCGUGCUGAUUGGCUGCAGAAGGAUCUAGAGGAGGUAACACCCCUCCACCUGGCGACCCGUCACCCCUCCCCCAAACCCCUGGCCUUGCUGCUCAAACACAUAGGACCUGGAGAGGUGGAUACACAGGACAAGAACAAGCAGACUGCGCUCCACUGGUCAGCGUUCUAUAACAGGCCAGAGCACGUCAGACUACUCAUCAAACACGACUCCAACAUCGGCAUCCCAGACAGUGAGGGCAAGAUCCCCCUACACUGGGCUGCACACAGCCAGGAGCACACCGCUAUACACACCGUCCGCUGCAUACUGGAGGCGGCUCCUACCGAGUCUCUGUUGAACUGGCAGGACUAUGAGGGGCGCACACCUUUGCACUUUGCGGUUGCCGACGGCAACGAGGCAGUGGUGGAGGUGCUGACAUCGUAUGAAGGCUGCAGCGUCACGGCGUACGACAACCUGUUCAGAACCCCGCUGCACUGGGCUGCACUGCUGGGUAAGAGACUGACAUGCCACUUGUUGUUGGAGAGGAACACGUCAGGCACCAUCCCCUCAGACAGCCAUGGGGCCACACCUCUACACUAUGGAGCUCAGAGCAACUACGCUGAGACGGUGGGUGUGUUUCUGUCCCACCCCUCUGUGAAAGACGAGCCAGAUCUGGAGGGCCGCACAGCGUUCAUGUGGGCUGCUGGCAAAGGAAGCGAUGAUGUCAUACGCACCAUGCUGACACUCACGCCUGACAUUGACAUCAACAUGGCCGACAAGUACGGAGGCACUGCGCUGCACGCGGCCUCUCUGUCAGGUCAUGUGAGUACAGUGAGGUUGCUGUUGGAGAGAGGAGCCAUAGUGGACAGUCUAGACGUGAUGAAACACACACCUCUGUUCAGAGCCUGUGAGAUGGGACACCGCCACAUCAUCCUCACACUUAUCAAAGGCUCUGCUCGUGUCCACCUGGUGGAUCUAGAUGGACACACUGCUCUGCCCUGGGCGGCUCUGGGGGGGAACGCUGAAGUCUGCCAGUUGCUGAUGGAGAAUGGGAUCAGUCCUAACGUCCAGGACCAGGCAGGCAGGACUCCUCUCCAGUGUGCUGCUUAUGGAGGGUACAUCACCUGCAUGGCUGUACUACUCAUGGAGAACAACGCCGACCCUAAUAUACAGGACAAAGAGGGCAGGACAGCUCUCCACUGGUCCUGUAACAAUGGGUAUCUGGAUGCUGUGAAGCUGCUGCUGAACUCUAAUGCCUUCCCCAACCACAUGGAACACAACGAGGAGAGGUACACCCCCCUGGACUACACCCUCUUAGGGGAACACAGUGAGGUGACUCAGUACAUGUUGGAGCAUGGAGCUCUGUCUAUAGCGGCCAUCCAGGACAUCGCUGCUGCUUCCAUCCAGGCCCUGUAUAAAGGAUACACCGUCCGCAAGGCCUUCACCGAGAGGAAACAACUACUGAUGAGACACGAACAGCUACGCAAGGAUGCAGCCAAGAAACGCGAGGAGGAGCAGCGGAGGCGGGAGGCGGAGCAGCAAAUCUCAUUGGCCAGAACAGAGAAACAGAGGAUGUUAUUGGCCCGCGCUGAGCAGGAGCAGCUGUCAUUGGCUGAGACUAUGAAGGAACUGUCAGUGUAUGAGAGAGAGGCAGGGGGCGGGGCUAAUACAGCCUCCAAAGCAGAACAGACCAAUAGCAAAGAGGAGACAUGGAAACAUAGAGCACAUAGAAGCAGACCCUCCAGGAGAGGGAAGGAGGAAGCCAAAGGCCCUGACCCCGUGGUGACCCCUCACCCCUCAGUGACCUCUGACCCCAUGCCCCCUGCCCAGGGGUCUAGGGUCAGGGAGCGUCUCUCUCCUGCAGGCUGCAGCCGACCCCCCAGCCCAAAACACAGACCCCCCACCACACCCAGGACCAAGAGACUAACCUCUGCAAACACACACACUCUUUCCAACAUACACACUCCCUCCAACACACACACUCCUUCCAAAACACACACUACCUCCAACACACACACUCCUUCCAACACACACACUCCCUCUAACACACAUACUCCUUCCAAAACACACACUCCUUCCCCCACACACACUCCAUCCAACACAGACACGUCUACUCGCCCCACCGUGGAUCAAGAAGCCCCCAGCACCAGGGAACGCACCACUAGAAGCAAGAGAGACACACACACCAACACACACAACCCCAGACACAGAACACGCCCUGCCACAGACCAUACCACCUACUCCAGCAAGAACCACGCUAAAGCCUCCACACAGUCACACCGCCCCAGCAGCAAGCCCAGGGAGGGGGACAGAGACCAGGCUGCCUGCACUAUACAACGAGCCUGGAAGAGGUUCCAUGUGCGAGGCAGAUUGAGGGAGGCUUUUGGUGCUGGGAAAAGAGUGGAGCCACCUGAGUUCGCCUCCCUCCUGAUCCAGCUGCUCUGGGAUAGGCCGGCUUUCCCUGGUCACACCCCUAUUAGGACCAAGCCUGAGGCCAGAGUUCCACCCACCAAGACAGCAGCCAAGAGCUCAGUGCUGCAAAGCAUCUAUGGAGGUUCUGUGGCCCGAAGGGGGCACUCUCUCGGGGGUUCUCAGUCUCAGAUACUACUGGACCUGUCACUACGCACACACAGCCAAUUGAGCAGUGUGGAGUGUGUGCACCUGUGUGAUGCAGUGGGGCAGGCCAGGCAGUACUCCUACCACCUCAGACCCCACAGCGCUGGACAGGGCCGGGGGAAACACUGACGACUACACACACACCCUGCAUGUGUACUUCGUGGCUCAGUUGGUAGAGCAUGGCGCUUCUACUGCUAGAGUACUGGGUUCGAUUCCCAGGACCAGCCAUAUGUGAAAUGUAUGUACGCGUGACUGAGUUGCUUUGGAUAUAAGCAUCUGCUAAAUGGCAUACACACAUAUGUAUGUGUUGUCUUGAAAUUACUUACCCAACUGCCUUAUCAUGGUGGAGUUAUUGGCCAGAUUGUAAACAGAGCAUCUAUAUACUGACAAGAGGUGGGCCCCAAUGGUGUAACUAUAGGAAUAUGUUUCUGCAGAGGUGGGAACUCUUGAGGGCAGGUUUGCAUGUGAACAAUGCUGAUAUAACUGACUUCUCAGAGAUGCCACGUGUGUCCACUUAUCAGUACAGUUGUAAUAACCUAAAUAUUACAAAAUGUAUAUUAAGUCAAAUAAUCAGGCCAAGAACUCCUCCAUGGUUAAUACUGGGCAUGACACAGACCAAUUGGGGAUUUUUUAUAUGGUGGUCAAUGAGCGUCAAAUUGAUCACCAUAUAAAAAAUCCCCAAUUAGUCUGUGUCAUGCUGUAUUUUCAGGCAGAGUAAUCCCUCUUGCAUAGCCUCUUCCUCUCAGAUUGUACUCUCUGUGCCCAGUAUUAACCAUGGAGGAGUUCUUGUCCUGAUUGUUUAUACUACUGGACACAGGAAGAGAGGACAAAGUUAAGACCUCACAGGGCGGAGUUAAGUCAACCGACAUGGUAUGUGUGCAAGAUCAUUUCAACCAUACAGAAAAUGAACACACACACACAGAGAUAACCUUUCCUCCCAUGUGGAGAAUGAGGCAGUCUGUCAACAGCCGGUCAUACAGCCAGCCCACCUGCAGACGCUGACACACACACCUGCUUGCAGACACACACACUUCUCGUCAGCCAUAACACUUGUACUAGGUUGUAGUCAACUCUACCUCAGUAUCUACCUGAGCAGGUUCCCACAGGCAUGCAUGCCCCUCCCACUUUCCCCCCCUCAGCCAUAGUAGUAGGUACACAGAUGUACCUGUGGUUUCUCUGUAGGACUCUGUGGAGGGGGGUAUAUUUAUGCAUUUUAUACAUACUCUGUUACUCUUUAAUUCUACAUUAUACAUCACUUCCUGCCUUAAAGAGAUAGUUUACUUAAAGUUAGCCAGAUGUUUGUGGCACCUCAUCAAGAUGAACUGUCACUUAAGAAACUGUGUUUUAGUGUUGAUGCUGUUCACUCUGAUGCACUACUGUUGAGUCACAAUCAGAUGCCAAGGCUUUACAUUUAUGAAUGAAUACCAACCUCAAUGUUAAUGUCCAUGUUGUUUUUCUACUCUUUUAGAAAACUUCUCAAAUAAAUACAUUGA